CGCUCCCCCCCGCCCCCGCAGCGACCGUGCAGGCGCCCGCAUGGAUACAAGGCUUCCUGGGCGACACCGUGACGUUGCCGUGCUACCUGCCGCUGGAGGCCGACAUGCGAGUGACGCAAGUGACAUGGAUGCGGCAGGAGCCGGCCGGAGGCGCCCGCAACGUCGCGGUCUUCCACUCUACGCGGGGCGCCAGCGUCUCGGAGCCUGGACGGUUGGAGUUCGUGGCCGCCAGGCCCGGCGCGGAGCUGUGGAACGCGUCGCUGGCGGUGUCGGGGCUGCGCGCCGAGGACGAGGCCAACUACACCUGCCAGUUUGCCACAUUUCCACAGGGCAGCAGGAGCGCCCGCACCUGGCUGCGUGUGCUGGCCCAGCCCCAGAACAUGGUGGAGCCACGGGAAGUGCUGUUGGCCCAGCAGCCCCGGGAGCCCGAGGAGACGGUGGCUGUGGCUCGCUGCGUCUCCACGGGCGGCCGCCCGCCCGGCCAGAUCACCUGGUUCUCACACCUGAACGGGACGGCCAGCGAGAGCCAGGAGCCAGGACCCCAGCCCGGCACCACCACCGUCAUCAGCCUCUUCGCCUUGGUGCCCUCCAGCCAGGCUGACGGCCAGAACAUCACCUGCAGGGUGGAACAUGAGAGCCAGAGGGAGCCCGCCCUGCUGCCCGUGACCCUGGCCGUGCGCUACCCCCCCGAGGUCUCCAUCUCCGGCUACGAUGACAACUGGUACCUGGGCCGGAGCAAGGCCGCCCUCACCUGUGACGUCCGCAGCAACCCAGAGCCCACCGGCUACAACUGGAGCACGACCACGGGUCCCCUGCCACCCUCUGCCGUGGCCCAGGGCCGGCAGCUCCAGAUCACUAAAGUGGACGAGUCGGUCAACACCACCUUCAUCUGCCUCGUUACCAACUCCCUAGGGACUGGGCGCGGGGAGCUGCCCGUCCUGGUCAGAGAGGCCCGGCCCGGGGAGCAGCCAGGCUCGGGCAUGUCCGUCACUAACACCGUCCUUGUGCUGGUCUUCGGGGGCGUCCUGGGCUUCAUCCUGCUGGGGAUCCUGCUCUACCUCCGGCGGCGUUGCAGCCGCUCCCGCACGGACCACUCCAGCGCCUCGGCCAACGGGGCUGUCUCCUACAGAUCCGUGGCAAGUGAGGACAGCUCGCCACAGACAGACACCAGGAGGUGA